GAGAGAGAGAGAGAGGAGGGGGUUUCGAGUAAGUGAGACCGAGAAAGAGAAGGAUAGAGAGAGAAGAGUAGGACCACGGAGGGAGCAAAAUACAGCCCCAUUGCCGUCUCUCUCUCUGACAUCUCCUCUCGUGCUCGUGUGUUCCAGUGUGUGAACGCGUGGAGGAGAGAGGGGGAAUAAUAGAAUUAAGCCUGGGUGAUUCUUUCUUUCUUCCCUCCUCCCCCUCCUUCCUUAUUUUCCUUCUUUUUUUUUUGUCCUCAUCAUCCAAGUCUUGAAUACGGGUGUCAGCUGCCACAGCGGGAUAAAAUAAAGGGAUGCUUUGAAUGCUGCCUCUGUUUGCGAAAGGGACGAGGAGGACGAGAGAAGCACAACAAGCAAGGGACAAAAACCGGAUUUCUCGAAUGAAUGGGAGUCCCCCGCAGCAUGUGCUGGGAAUAGCAGUCGGAUACUGAAGUCUCUGAUUCAGGAUCCCAUCCAGAGGAACUGACCACUCCACUGCAUACGGCCUGGGUGUCUCCGAAUGCUUUUCUCUGCCAAAGUUCUGGUCGGCUCGGUGACCAACCGCGGCCCACGUUGCUACACUCCAACUAUUUCCUCUUAAAGGAUGUUUGAGGACUAAGAAGCCUGGGAUUCAGACAGAUCCUGACCACAUCUGCAAAACAAGGGGAGAGAUUCUCGCUUGUUGUAGACAGGCAAAGCCCUACUGGUCCUGGGGUGGUGUUUCCUGUCUGCCACAGGAAGAAGAAGCAUGUUUGGCUAAGAUGUCGUUGAGGACUCCACCACACUGCCUCUCUCUCCUACACUGUGUGCCCCCCCCGGAUGUGUGUCCCCGAUGGUGCCAUGAUCCUGUUAUAACCGUGGGUAAUGACGAGGCAUAAGACUAAUCCUGGAGAUGCCGAAGAGAAGAGACAUUCUUGCCGUCGUGUUGAUAGUGUUACCGUGGACUCUGCUCAUCACCGUUUGGCACCAAAGCGCGAUCGCGCCGCUGCUCGCCAUCCGAAAGGCCUGUCACCACCUAGUAAAAGAGAUCUUUAUCAUACCAGAGAGGCUUGCAGUCCAUCGACACCGACUCGCAGAUGACAGAGCCGAGGGGAGGAAGGAGGGCGGACAGGCCUCCGACUCCAAGGAGUACUGCUCCUCGGACAAGGACAUCGUGGAGGUGGUGAGGACCGAGUACGUGUACACGCGGCCCCCGCCCUGGUCCGACGUGCUGCCCACCAUCCACAUCAUCACCCCCACCUACAGCCGGGGCGUCCAGAAGGCGGAGCUCACCCGGCUGGCCAACACCUUCCUCCACGUCCCCAACCUGCACUGGAUCCUGGUGGAGGACUCCCAGAGGAGGACGCCCCUGGUCACCCGGCUCCUCCGGGACACGGGGCUCAACUACACCCACCUCAACGUGGAGACCCCCAGAAACUAUAAGCUGAGGGGGGACACCAGAGAUCCGCGGAUCCCCCGGGGAACCAUGCAGAGGAACCUGGCGUUGCGCUGGCUUCGGGAGACCUUCAACGCCAACAGCAGCCAAGCUGGCAUCGUGUACUUUGCAGAUGACGACAACACCUACAGCCUGGAGCUGUUCGAGGAGAUGAGGUCCACCAGAAAGGUCUCCGUGUGGCCCGUGGCAUUCGUGGGCGGGCUACGCUACGAGUCGCCCAAGGUCAACGCAGCAGGAAAGGUGUAUGGCUGGAAGACGGUGUUCGACCCCCAUCGACCAUUUGCCAUCGACAUGGCGGGCUUCGCCAUCAACCUGCGCCUCAUCCUCUUCAAACCCCAGGCCUACUUUAAACUGCGGGGGGUCAAGGGGGGCUACCAGGAGAGCAGCCUACUCCGAGAGCUGGUCACUCUCAAUGACCUGGAGCCUAAAGCAGCUAAUUGCACUAAGAUACUCGUUUGGCACACCAGGACAGAAAAACCUGUCCUUGUUAAUGAGGGGAAAAAAGGAUUCACAGACCCUAACGUGGAGAUUUGACAGUGUCUCCUCAGAAAAGGGUGGUUGGCUUUGGACUCUGAGAGAGGAAGACAGACACUCUUCCUCAGAGCAAAACAGUAUUAAUGUCUUAAUCAUGAAAAGAAAAAGCUAAAUACUUUUACUAUUGGAAUUAAAGCAGUUAUAAUGUAUCAUAUUAAAGCACAGAUUAUCUCAAGAUGGCAAUACUCAUCAGGUUUAAGUGUUGCAGACACCAACACAAAACAGAUAUGGAAGGAGGGAGAGACGGCAGAAGGGACACUAUAUCAGUGGUGUGCAGGCAUGAGAGACAGCACAAUGUUCAAAGGAAUGGUGAAUGCCAAUGGAACUCGUUACACUGUAACCGCUUGAAAAGACGGAAGAGAAUGGUUGUUGUUCAAUGUGGAUCUGCGUUCUGCACAUAGAUGAGGUCAGGAAUCCUUGCCUCGAAAGGGUCAGAAGACUUCAGCCAGAACACUGGCCUCCCUGAACACCCCCUUGCCCCCCCGACCUCCAACUUGAACCGAAAAUCUUAACACGACCGUCCAGUUCUUUAGUGCGAACAAAAUAGGAGAAUCUGAAGAAUGGAUUUUACCUUGAUUUUAACGCUGGUUCAAAAGGGAAGGAAUGUUCUUUUUUUGUAUAGCAAUUUUAGUUUUUUGAGUUGAUUUUAUUCCAUUGUUUUGGGUGUUUACAUGCAUUUUCUUUCUAGUUCAAAACUACUGACUACUUGCCUCCAUUUUCACUGUUGGGCUUCUGUCAUAUAUAUUAGUGUCACCCUCACUCAUGGACUAAAGUUGCCCAUUCAGUUGAAAUAACUGAAAUAACAACAAUGGAUCCCUUGUGUGCUGAAGUAUGCUGACCUUCCAAAUCUCAAAAGCUUAACUAAGCACUUAAAAACAGAACAUUAUUGACUGUGCCAUCCCAAAAUUGAAGACACAUGUAAAUAUUUAUUUAACAAAGAGGUUUAUUUGAGAAAUCCUCCUUGGUGAAAAUUCAUGAAUGAUGUAACUACUGUAUUUAUAUUAAUAUAAAGAAUACAAGGAAUACACACACAAUUGUUUACUUUGGCAUUGCCAACACAUCGCUAAAUUAUUCGAUCCCAUUGCACAGUUUCACUCAUGUUAAACCACAUGGAGAGUAUGACAGCACAUCCUGCCUGAAUGAUCAGGUUUUUGCCCCUUGUGUGUGUAUGUAUGUGUUCCCUAUGCCCCUUGACAAACAGCUUGAGAGGGGACAGCAUUGCUUACAUUAUGGUACUACGGUGCAGUACGGUGAAAUUCAAGUAUGACGUCAGUUGAUGAAGCAGUGAUCACAAAAUAGUAAGGAAAAAGAGAAGCAAAGGCAGUCACCCAAGUUUAAGGGCCAUGUUAUAUGGUGCUCACUCUGUGCGCACAUCCAAGUGUACUCCAUAGAUAGAUUGUCAGCUAAAGGCAUUAAUUAUCCACCUUCACUAUUACCGCAUGUGUGUCUGAGCUGGUCUACAGUAUCCUCUGCCUUGUCUUGACAGAGUGCUUUAUCUACACUAGGCUUAAUGAGAUAUAGGCACACACUUAUGGGGCUUGCGAAUCUGCACAUAAUAAUACUGGUAAAUCAAUAGACCUGCAGGAUCUGUGCCAAAUGUGAACAACAAAGUUAUCCUCAGUUGAAACCAUAGUUUCCUGUGUGAAACAACCUAUAUCCAAUAAUGUUUCUCCCAGUUAGGACAAAUCGGUCACAUUUGUACAGGUUGAAGUUAGUUUUGCCUUACAAUAAAUAUUGUGACCGUUCUUGGCAAUAGCUGGCAAACUGUACUGACAGAAGCACAAGAGGCCAGUCAAAUGAAUGUGCGACAAACACAGCUAUAACAAUUAUAAACCUACAAAUCCUUGUAAACCACAAUCAAAGAUGACAAACUGUAAAUACUGAUAAAUAAUGACUGGAUGUGAAAAAGGGAUUUUACAAAUGCUCACGGUUUUACAAAUAUCAGAAUAAAUAAUGUAUAGUUACGUAGGUUGUUGGAAUAAAAUAAUAUUUUACCGCCCUCAUUGCAUAGCCCCUUAGUCUAUCUACUGAUAAAUAUCUAAGACCUGCAGAGCAAGAGCAUAAGUCAACCAACACAAAACACUCACAAAAGGAAACAUUGUUUUCUAGUCUGUAAAAGCCACCUGUAAUUUGCACCUAUGUUUCUGCCCUCCAAAAAUAAUAAUUUAGGGUUUUACCCAAUUGUACUUCUACAGUCAUUACUGUCAAUUUAAGACAGUGCUUCUUUGAGUAACUCGAAUAUUAUUUUCUCUAUGUUUGAUUUUAUUUUAUUCACUACUGGUUGUUGACAUUAACUGCAUGAGACUGAGUUGCACAGAUGAGACCCUUGCGCCAAGAAUCAAUGUACUUAAAUCGGUUCUAUUCUUCAAAAUGUCAAGCGAGCUCUGUUUAUUUAUUAAAAGUCAAUAUUAAUAUAUUUAUUUAUGUAUUCAUUUCCAGUUUGAAUAUCCUCUUGUCCUAUUUAAUUAUUAUUAAAAAUGUCUUUUUUUUUGUCUGCCCCUUUGGCUCUGUUCAGUUCUGAUUCAUCUUCUAGACCUGGCAGUGAUACUGCUCAAGAGGUCACAUUUAUGAUUGACCACAUUAUCUCAUUUGGUGACAGCCAGCUUGCAUGCUAUUCCGAUACUGUUUGCUGUAUUGCUUUGACCUUCAUUGUCUUCAUUUUCCCUGACCUUUGCUCUUCACCGUAAUGAGUGUGGAAAGCUUGAACACUGAAACAGCAUAGCUCCAGUAGUUCAGAAUCUUGAGUGUAUUUUAGGAUCUGGUGGGAUAGUGUUCCAGUGUGCUCCACUCCUCAGUUGUUUUUGCCAACACAUACAGACGGAGAACAGAGCAAUUACGUUCUACCACACAGAAAACAGCUUAGGAAAUCGUUGGUAGUAAUACAGCACAUCCAGUAUAUAAUUGGUCAUAGAUUGCUUACCUAGGGCAAAUUAAAUUACCGGUACCUUAACUCCAAUCCCGAUUUAGAUCCAGUGUCAUCUUCCUUCUGUCUUUCUGUGAAUCACUGUUCUGCAUGUAACUGAAGGUUGUUCAUCUCCCACUCAUUCUCUCCAUUUCACAGAGAAACUGUCUGACGUCCAGUAAUAAAAGACUGAGAACUA